AUGGAGUUCGACUAUAGUGAGCAACUUGUAAAUAAUAAAAAAAAGUUUUUCAUUCUCGAAGAAGAACUGCCCACGGCAUCGGUCCUUUUUCCUGGCUCGAAGGCAUAUGAAGAGGCAAACUUUAUUGGAAACCUACUCUACCGCUUCAAGACACCUUCUGCAAUAGUCCAAGCUGUAACCGAAGAAGAUGUCAUAGCAACGGUCUUGUUUGCACAGAAGCAUGGCCUCAAAUUGACUGUUAAAAGUGGAGGUCAUUCGUAUGCUGGUUAUUGUCUGAACAAUGGUGGCAUCGUUCUAGACAUUAGUUCUAUGAACAAGGUAUCAAUUGACCAUAAGAAUAUGACCGUUAGUAUCCAAGGAGGGGCAGUUUGGCAAGAUGCUUACAGUCUUUUGAAAGAAAAGGAUCAAGGCCUUAUAAUUAUGGGUGGCCAAUGUCCAACAGUUGGAGCGAGCGCAUUUUUGUUGGGUGCUGGUCUCAGCCCUUUCUCUCGCAGCUAUGGACUGGGUAUUGACAAUCUUUUGGAAAUGACUAUUAUCACUGCAAAUGGUGAGAAGGUUACAGUCACUCAUGAGGACGUUGACCCUGCUAAACGUGACCUAUUCUGGGCAAUUCGUGGCGGCGGGGGCGGUAAUUUCGGCGUCACAAUUGGCAUCAAAGCUAAGUUGCAUAAACUCAGAGACCCUAACGGCAUUGUUGUAUGUGGAGAUCUCACUUGGAAUCUUCCAGAUCAAGAGGAGUCUUUUAAGGCUAUGAUGGAGGUCUGGAAUACUACUACUUGGCCAAAUGAGUUAUGCGCCGACGCUAUCUGGCGGUACAAUGACAGCAACCAGCUACUAGGGCAAUUGACGAUAAUCUAUAAUGGCACUAUGGAUCAAUGCCUCAAUGAUCUUGCACCAUUAUUGAAAUUCAAUCCUGGAAACGACUUGAAAGCCAUGCAUUGGACUGAUUGGGAAGUUAAAGAUGCUUCGUUUGAAGUUUUUUCACAGGUAUACUACCACCAUGGAUCAUUCAUUUUUGCCGAAGGUGCAAUCACAAGCGAGGUGACUAAUAUCAUCGUGAAAUUAAUGGAGGAAGCAAAAAUGUUCGAACCAAAUUCCGUGAGCGGCUGCCAUAUCUUAUGGGACCAUAUCGGAGGUGCUACGACAAAGUUUAAGCCUGAAGAAACGGCUUUCCCCUGGCGUGACGGCGUCUAUGCUGCCACUAUAAAAGCGCAGUGGGUCGAUCCCGCCAUGCACAAGAAAAUGUUUGAGUUCGUGGAUCGUGCCAAGGCACUGCUGCUUCCGCACGCCAUUCAGGGAAAAGCAGCGUAUAUCAAUUACAUUGACUCCACAGUGGAGAACUGGCAAGAAGCGUAUUAUGCGGAUAAUUAUCCCCGGCUCCAGAAAGUCAAGACUCACUGGGACCCGACUAAUUUCUUUCAGUUUGAACAGAGCAUUGAGCCUGUUGGUCAUAGGAAGUCCCACCACCGUCAGCCAGACUGGAAACCCUGGGGAAAGUAUACUCUGUCGACACCACAGCUGCUCGGCAAUCCAAAGACGAAUGACCAGGUUUAUAAAACGUGUGCUUAUAUUCGUCGGUCUAUCAAGAAUAACAUUAGUAUUUAA